CAUCUUCGCACCAUGUUGACUUACCGCGGCAUUUCCGUGUCCACGCCGGACUCGCUCGAAAACGCAGAGUCGCACCUCGAGUCCUUUAAGCCCUUGAAUUCUUGGAUCGAUACUCUGACCAAGUCUCUCGCACUGCAAAGCCACGCCUCUCACCCAUUCCACUCCGACCCCUACGUCCUCCGCAAUGUCACCAUCCAAUCCUGCGACUUCUGGGGCAACCGCAUCGGCUUCAUGAAGCUCACCGCGCAAAUCUCCAAUUCUGCAGGAGAGACGCUGCCGUCAGGAUGUCUCCUGCGCGGCCCCAGCGUCGCCAUGCUGGUGAUGCUCAUCCCAGACGACGUGCCGCCGGACUCGGACGAGCGCUACGUCGUCUUGACGGUCCAGCCGCGCACGCCCGCCGGAAGCCUGACCUUCGUGGAGCUGCCGGCGGGAAUGGUGGACGGCUCCGGAAACUUCAAGGGCGUGGCGGCAAAGGAGAUUGAGGAGGAGCUGGGCAUCACGAUCCGCGAAGACGAGCUGACGUGCCUGAGCGAGCUCGCAGAGGCGUCGAGAGAAGAGCGGAAUACGGACGCCAUGUACGAAAAGGAGAAUCUCCCUGCUGCCAUGUUCCCCAGCGCUGGUGGCUGCGACGAGCACAUGACCAUCUACAGCGCUGAGCGACGCAUUCCUAGAGACCAGCUGAGCGAGUGGGAGGGCCGCCUCACAGGAGAGCGAGGCUCUGGGGAGAAGAUUACGCUCAAAGUGGUGCCAAUGAAGGAUUUAUGGAAAGAAGGCGCUCGCGAUGCAAAGGCCCUGGCCGCGUUGGCGCUUUGGCAGGGCCUGCGCCAAGAAAACAAGUUAUAGGUAGCUGAAGAGCCCCUGAUAGAUGCGUAUGAUGCUAAUGCUGAUGAUGCUGUUGUUCCUCCCAAACCCAUUUUCCUCCAACGAGAUGGAAUCAGAAAUGACGGCUCUAUAGUAGUAAAUCCUUCAUAUCCACCUUCAUCUUGAUGAACCUAUAGCUUCAAUCUCUGCGCCAGCAGGAUGCCCUCGGCGAAUGUGCCCACCCGCGCAUCGAUGGCAUAGCCCUCUGCCUCCAGCUUCUUGCAUUCCUCCCACAAGUUGGCCAACGGCACGGUAAAGACCUCGAUAAACUCAUUCUCCUCCAGCUCCGGCUUCAGAUCCUGAUUCUCCGGCAGCGCCAUGUCGAUCGUGACGUGCACCAUGCGCAGAUUCGUGUUGCAAAACCCAGGGUCGUUAUACAUGAUGGGAGUUGUCUCAGUCACCACGCCCACGUAGCCCGUCUCCUCCUUGAGCUCGCGCACGGCGGCCUGCUCGGCCGUCUCGCCCGCGUCAAUCAGGCCGGCGGGGACCUCGAUGACGACCUUGUCGACGGGCGGGCGGUACUGCUUCUGCAGGAUAAUCUCCUUGCCCGCGGGCUUGUCGAGGAUGGCGACGAUGCCCACGCCGUCGAUGUCGGCGCCGGCGGGGCGGGUGCGUCGCUCGGCCGUUUCCCAGACGCGCUCGAUGCCUUUGGGGUCCUGGUAGGUGAUUCUAUUCAGGGAGAUCCAUCGCGA